GAGGCUGACUGCCAAGCUCUCUGAGAUGGAAGCAGGAGCGAAGGCACUGACAGAGCGGGAAAUUAGGCUCAAGAAAGAGGUACAGGAGAAGACCAAGAGCAGGCAACAGCUCAGUUUGGUAAUGGAAGAGUAUGAGAAGACAAUAUCUCAGUUGGUGGCCCAGAAAGAGGAAGAAAAGAAAGAGUCUGAAUGCAAAAAAGAAUUGUUGAUGAAGGAAAGGGAUACUGCAAUGCAGCACUUGAACAACAUGGAGAUAGCUUUCAAUGAUGUGCAUCAAAAAUAUGAACGCAGUAAAACUGUGAUUGAGGGGAUGAAAGCAAAUGAAGAUGUUUUGAAAAGGAGUUUGGAUGAUCCUGGGUCUUUCACCAUUACAAGGCUCCAUGCCAUACAUCCAAGUUAUCCUCAACUCAUGUCCAAGGCUAAUCAAGAAUUAGAUCUGAUACGUCGCUCACACCAAGUGGAACAAGCAAAACUGAAAGCCAUGCUGAAGAAGGCAGAAGUCAGAGUGACCUCACUGGAAGAAUCUCUUGAGCAGAAGUCCAAGGAGAAUCAGGAGUUGGCAGCUAUCUGCGACGAACUGAUCAACAAAGUGGGCAGUGGUACCAAACUGAACAGUACCAACAUUCCGCGGCAGCCAGCAGUGAUGUGUCCGAUCUAG